AUGAGAACCUCCACAGCUAUUCUUUCUUUACUGGUGAGCGUCGUCGCGGGUAGCCCAAUUGAGAGUCGCCAAUUCGGCUUCCCUUCCACUGGACGCGUGGGAACAACAGAAAAUGAGUUCACACAAGGCGGGUGCAGAGAUAUAAUCUUCUUCUUUGCCAGAGGGUCAACCGAAGUUGGCAACAUGGGAUCCACAGUAGGACCUCCAACAGGACAAGGUCUGAAAGAUGCGUUCGGAGCAGCCAGUGUCGCUGUUGAGGGGACUGAUUAUCCAGCCGGGCUAGGCACAAAUGCCCUACCUGGAGGCGCAGACCCUGUGGGUAUUAGGGACAUGAGAGAUGGCAUCAAUGCUGCUGCGACUCAAUGCCCUAACUCUAUCAUUGCUGUAGGAGGCUACAGCCAGGGAGCCGCUGUCGUCCACCGAGCUGUUGAGAAUUUGUCUGCUUCAGUGAAAGACAAAAUUGCUGCAGCAAUUACCUAUGGCGAUACCCAAAACCUUCAAGAUAGAGGCCAGAUUCCCAACUUUCCUCCAGAAAAGACCUUGGUUAUCUGUAACACUGGAGACGCGGUCUGCCGCGGCACCCUGACCAUCCUCGCGCCGCACUUGGACUACGUACGACGUGUGCCGGAAGCAGUUCAGUUUCUUACAACUAGAAUCCGCGCAGCCCAAUAA